CAUACAGGUAGUGUUACUCUUAGUCAUACUCGGUAGUUCACGGAGUACAGUUUUGCAAAUUAUUUAGUAGUAAAAAGUUUAUUUAAUUAUUUCAAAAAUGUGCCUCGCGGCGUUUGUUGUGAAAUAUGUGCUGUUCUUCGCCAAUGCAGUAUUUGCCCUAGCCGGGCUUGGACUCCUCGGCGUGGGCAUCGCGGUGCUGGUGCAGUUCUCGGACCUGGUGGAGAUAGUGCCCGUGGCCAUCAACUCCAUCCCCAUCGCUGUGAUCGUGGUCGGAGCCGUCGUGUUCCUCAUCUCCGUCUUCGGGUGCUGCGGCGCCAUCAGGGAGUCGAGAUGUCUGCUCAUCAUGUACUCUGUGUGUAUGAUGAUCCUGGCAGCGGUGAAGAUCUACCUGGCCGUGGUGAUCUUCCGGAACCUGAGCGACAUCUACAACGUCGUGGAGGGCUGGAUCCGCGACGCGUUCGACAACACCAACUUGAGGGAGGCUUUCCACGUUGUUGAGGCUGCUUUCCGGUGCUGUGGAGUGAGCGGCCCCGGCUCGUACGACGGCGUGUACGCGGCGCUCCCGCCGACCUGCUGCGCCGACCCCGCCGACGCCGACGUCGGGACCUGCGCCGCCGCCGACGCGUUCGGCGGCUGCGCCAACAUCGUCGCCGACUGGUUCAACACCUUCGGCGACAUCGUCGGCAUCGUGCUAAUCACCGUCAUCGUUGUUGAGUUGGUGGCCAUGGUCUUCGGGCUCUUCCUCUCGAAUAGAAUCACGAACAGAAAGAGCUCGUUCUAAGCUAAUUUAAUUUAAGAUUACAUUUUAAGUAAUUUAAGUGAAAAUAAAGUAUUUGUGCCUUGCUUAA